AUGGGUGGCGACGACCAAGUGGGGAUCCUGCAAGAGAAUGCGGCACAUGACGUGGCAGCGGAGCAAGGCGCGGAAGAAGAGGAGGAGCACCCGGGGCUGCAGGUCGAGGAGGCCGAUGAAGGAAAUGACGGCGACGACCAGGCAGCGGGAACAGACGACAGGAGCAGGACGGCUGGAGCGGCGGCGGCGUGCGUUUGCCAGAACAGCAGCGAGCGCACGGUGGUAGAAGGAAGGAUGAGUCGCACUCACCUGAGCCGCACGGGCGCCAGGAAGGAAGGCACGGGGAGGAGCGGGGGUCACAGGAGCGCCGCGGUGAGCAGCACGGGGAAUGCAGUGGCAUGGGGCGCUCGCCGGGUCGGCCGAGGCGGAGAGAAGAGAAGGAUGGUAGCGGGUCCCGCUCGCCCGAGUGGCGCCGCCCGCGGAGGGAGAAGUACGGAAGAGAAAGGCACUCGCCAGAGCGCCACCAGCAGCGCAGCAGGAGGGAAGGCACCCGGUCACCGUCACCAGAGAGGCGGCAGCAUCGCAACAUCAGGAGGUGGGAAGGGCGGAGGACGCACGACCCGCCCACGCAGCAAUGGGGAUGGGCGGAAGAGUGGGUAG